AUGGCUUCUCAGACCUUCAUCAUCUCCAGCUCAAUAACCUUUGUUCAAGAACCUCCACCAGUAUUGUUUGAAGAGCUUGCAGUAGUGCCUAAGAAUUACCAGCACAUCUUAGCCUUGUCAUUUGCGGUAAAGGAGAUCAAUGAAGACCCUCAGAUCUUACCCAAUCACACCUUGGGUUUCCACAUCUAUGACAGCUAUUUCAAUGCAAAGAGGACCUUUCAUGCCACAAUACAGCUAAUGUCCACAGUGAAGAAAUUUGCCCCCAAUUACAUAUGCAACAUCCAGAAUAAACUAAUGGCAGUUGUCGGAGGAUUAGACCCUUUAACUUCUCUUCAUGUGGCAACUAUGGCCCCUAAAGAAACUCUUCAGUAUGCAGGCAUUCUCUCUUUACUUCUGCAUUUUGGGUGGAUAUGGAUUGUGAUCCUUACUUCCAAUGAUGAAUAUGGAGAAAGAUUUGUACAAACCGUGUUUCCGGUCUUCUCCAGGAAUGGUAUCUGUAUUGCUUUCAUAGAAAGAAGUAGCAAAUUUACAACUAUCACUGACAGUCAUGAGAGACUAGAGAAAGGAUCUCAAAUACAUGAAAAAGUCAGCAAUAGCAAAGCCAACGUUGUGGUUGCCUAUGGAGAAUCUUAUCUCAUUGUGUUUUUGAGAUGGUUUUCCUAUCUCUCAAAACAUAUUACAAAUAAACAAAAAGGCAAAGUGUGGAUAGUCACAGCCCAGAUGGAGCUCACUUCAAUGGUCUAUCAUUGGGAGACAGACAUAAUCCAUGGUGUAUUAUCCUUCACUAUUCACUCGAAUGAUCUGCCAGGUUUCAAGUCAUUUGUUAAGAGUAGAAACCCUUCAAACACAAAAGGAGAUGGUUUUAUCAGGGAUUUCUGGCAACAGGCUUUUGGCUGUGUGUUCCCAGACCCAGCUCUGGACAAGAUGGAUGGGGAUGUUUGCUCAGGAAAAGAGAAGUUGGAAAAUCUACCUGGGACUUGUUUUGAAAUGAGUUUGACUGGCCAUAGCUAUAGCAUCUACAAUGCUGUAUAUGCUAUGGCUUAUGCUUUACAUUCCAUGUGCUCAUCUAGAUUCAUUCACAAAUUGCUGGUGGACAAAAGGGAGCUUAAUUUUCAGGAUAAACAUGCAUGGCAGCUGCAUCAUUUUCUGAAAGGUAUCCACUUUAACAACAGUGCUGGGGAUAAGAUCUCCUUUGACCACAAUGGGGAGUUGGUGGCUGGAUUUGAUAUAAUCAACUGGAUUAUCUCCCCAAACCAAACCUUUCAUAGAGUGAAGGUGGGGAAGAUAGAUCCCAAGGGUCCUCCAGAACAAGCAUUCAGCAUCAGUGAGGAUGUGAUAACAUGGCACAAGUGGUUUAACCAGGUCCAGCCUCUUUCUUUAUGUACUGAGCAUUGCAAUCCUGGCUCUAGAAAGAAAAUGAAGGAGGGAGAGCCAUUUUGCUGCUAUGAUUGCAUCCCAUGUCCAGAAGGAAAGAUUUCAGAACAAAGGGACCAGAAUGACUGUGAUAAAUGCUCAGACAAAGACUAUCCAAACAACAACCAAGAUGCAUGCAUUCCCAAGGCUAUAACCUUCUUGUCCUUCGAAGAACCUUGGGGGAUCAGUCUAUCCUGUUUGGCUUCUGCCCUAUCUUUGAUCACCAUUAUGGUGCUAGGAAUGUUUGUGAGGCACCACAACACUCCCAUCAUCAAAGCCAACAACCGGGACCUUACCUACACUCUCCUCAUCUCCCUUCUGCUCUGUUUCCUGUGUGCUUUGCUAUUUAUUGGCCAACCUGGGAAGGUGACAUGUCUCUUCCGACAAACUGCUUUUGGUAUCAUUUUCUCGGUGGCUGUUUCUUGUGUGUUGGCAAAAACUAUCACGGUGAUUCUGGCAUUCAUGGCCACCAAGCCAGGAUCUAGAAUGAGGAAGUGGGUGGGGAAAAGACUGACCAAUUCCAUUAUGUUAUCUUGCUUCCUUACCCAAAAUGGAAUUUGUAUUGUUUGGUUGGUAACCUUUCCCCCAUUCCCAGAUACCAACAUUCACUCAUUUGCUGAGGAAAUUGUACUGGAGUGUAACGAGGGGUCUGUAACUAUGUUUUAUUGUGUGUUGGGCUACCUCGGCUUUCUGGCCACUGUCAGCUUUGCUGUGGCUUUCUUUGCCAGGAAACUACCUGACAGUUUCAAUGAAGCCAAGUUCAUCACUUUCAGCAUGUUGGUCUUUUGCAGUGUUUGGUUGUCUUUUAUUCCAUCCUACCUGAGCUCCAAGGGAAAGUACAUGGUUGCUGUGGAGAUCUUCUCUAUCUUAGCCUCUGGUGCUGGACUGCUGGGUUGCAUUUUUGCACCAAAAUGUUACAUCAUUUUGCUCAGGCCCGAAUUGAAUAACAAGGAACAACUAAUAAGAAGGAAAUCUUGA